GGUGACCAGGUGAGAUGCUUAAGUAUAUAAUGGCACUAAGGACACCCUCAACUCAAUCUCCAUCUCUUCAUCCCGUCAUCACGUAUCUUCAUACUCAAGCCUCAGCCUACGGUGCCGCUUUACCCAUCCGAGGUCUCUUCCAAGCGCAAUGCAGCUCUCGUCCAUCCUCGUCUCUCCCUUCCUCCUAGCGGGGCUUUCCGCCGUGUGCCACAGGAGUGGCGAGUACUGGCCCGCGAACACGGAAGACCUGAAGAGACAAAUCCAUGACUGGCUUCGCGACACAGGCGGACUCAAGGGCAGCUAUUACGCUGGGGAGCUGAAGAGCGUGUGCAUCGCGAUAAGCUCCAGCGCUCACGCGGACCUCGAGAUCCAGCGACUCGGAUCGCGGGGCGUUCUCACCAAAGAUGAGUGCUCUGAGUACUUGCGGCGUGAGAUAGAUGCCUGCCCGCAGGGCGGUCGCCGAACUUAUGAUAACUGGGUGUUCAGCGCUGACCCCAACGCUGGACCUUGCUGA